UCUCCGUCCGCGCGAUCUACAUGCUACAGGGACACCAAGAUGGAAAUCCAGGGGCCGACGGGGCAGCGGCAGAAAGAUGGCGGCUCCGGGCUCCCUGAGGGAGAAGCGCUGGCCGAGGCGGCGGAGGACGACGAGGAGAAGAUCGGCCUCCGUAAAGACGGAGCUAGUUUACGUCCCAUCUACAUGGUGGUCAACCUGGGCUCCGUGGCCCCCGGGAUCUCGCAGGCCCUGGAAGCACCGCCUCCCCCUCCGCCACCGAGACCCAGCCCGUCCUCGGAGCUGGCUCUCCCCGGCUACGUGACUGUGCUGCUGGAGAACGGCCUGCUGACCCUGGGAGGAAGUAGGGGGGAGGCGGCGGAGGGCGCGGGGAGGCCGCAGCCUCGGACUGGGAGUAGCAGCGCGCCGGCCACCCCUCAGCCCAGCUGGGUGUCAGAGCUGUCCCCGCAGGGGGAGCCCGGCAGCAGCUCCGGGGCCCAGCACGGCUUCUCCGAGGGCCUGGAGGACAUGGUGCUGAGGGACCCUGUGGACGAGCAGGUGGCCGGCUUCCUGGUGGGGGACAUUGGGGAGCUGCAGGUGAAUUUGGGGGAGGCCCUGGACCUUGCCAGGAAGGGGGUGCUGCUGGUCUUCCGCUGCCCUGAGCCCGGCUGUGCCAAGGCCUUCGACCGUAAGCAGCAGCUGAAGGUGCACUUACUGAGCCACACGGAGGAGCAGCGCCCCUACAAGUGCCAGGUGGAGAACUGCGGCUGGUCCUUCACCACCCUGUACAAGCUGAAGCGCCACCUGCAGUCCCACGACAAGCAGCGCCCCUUCUCCUGCGACGCCCCCGGCUGCGGCAAGAGCUUCACCACCGUCUACAACCUCAAAGCCCACCUGAAGGCCCACGAGCAGGAGAACCUGUUCCGCUGCGACGCCUGCGGCGAGGCCUUCCCCACCGCCACCAAGCUGAGCGCGCAUAGGAGGACGCAUUUUGAGCCUGAGAGGCCGUACAAGUGUGAAUUUGAUGGUUGCGACAAGAGUUUUAUUACAGUGACUGCAUUAUUCUCCCAUCACAGAGCGCAUGUACGGGAGCAGGAACAGUUCAUCUGCUCUUUCCCAGGCUGUAAUAAGCAAUACGAUAAGGCGUGCCGGCUGAAAAUACAUCUACGCAGUCAUACAGGUGAACGACCUUUUAUUUGUGACUUUGAAAGCUGCGGCUCAUCCUUCACAAGCAUGUCCAAGCUCUUAAGACAUAAAAGGAAACAUGUAGACGACAGACGUUAUCCGUGCCCUGUAGAAGGCUGUGGAAAGUCAUUCACACGAGCGGAGCACUUAAAAGGUCACAAAAUUACUCACCUGGGCACCAAACCUUUUGAGUGCCCCGUAGAUGGCUGUGGCGCCAAGUUCUCGGCCCGAAGCAGCCUGUACAUCCACUCCAAAAAGCACCUUCAAGAUGUGGACGCCUCGAAGACACGUUGUUCAGUGUCUAACUGCAGCAAGAUAUUUACUUCCAAGCAGAGCCUAAAAUCUCACAUGGUUAAACAGCACGGCCAGGAUCUUGAAGCUGCGAGUUCCCUCACUCCCAGUAGUGAACUGACAAACUCUGGACAGAGUGACUUAAGUAACCUGGACCUCUCCUCUCUAUUCACCAACGUGUCCUCGAAUGGGUCGGGAAUCUCUGCUGACCUGACCCUGGUUAACUCUGGAAUAUUGACCAUUGAUGUGUCUUCUGUAAGAUCUACGUUAGGAGGCAACCUGUCGGCCAACAAUAACUCUCUGGUCCAUCCUGUCGACCCCUUGGUAUUGGUGUCCAACAAUGAGAACAACGGCGGCCUGGAGAGCUCCCUCCUGCUAGGAGCAGCAGCGUCCAUUCUUCAGCAGCUGGAUGAUGUACAGACGGUAAAUUCAGAGGCCUUAGGCUCCUUGGCUUCUUUGUCAAUGAGAGGAUCAAACCAGGACAUUCAUGCACUUACAUCCACAAAUAACCUUACUAUUGAUUCCACAACUUUAACACCUUCAGUUACUCUGGGCACAAACGGAUCCAUACCGGAAUUGAUGACGCAGACCAAAACUGACGGAAGUCUUCUUCCAGCUUCAGAGGUCGUGAGCCAACAGGAGGGGAGUAAAGUGGUAACACAGUUUGUGUUCCCGCAGACGGGCAACUACAGCUCUCAGAAGGACAUAGACUUUAGCCCAGUAGCUGGAAACUCUAUUUUGGAGAGUGGGGGCUCAGCGAGGACAGACUACAGAGCCAUUCAGCUAGCCAAGAGCAAAAAGAAGGGGAGCGCAAGCAGCUCAGGGACUUCACCUCCGCAGAGGAAAAAUAAAGGUACAAAACCUAACCAAGCAUCAUCUCCUGCUGGCAACCGUUUUGGUAGCAGUGUUUUAUCAAAUGGUGGUCUGACGUUACGGGACCCAGCAACAGGGGCGCAGUAUGUACAGAUCCAACUUCUUCAGGAUGAACCUCCAGGGGAUGGGGACCUGGCUUUCCAGCUGAGUGCUCAGUCGCCAUCCGCGCACACGCAACUGACUGUCGAUUUGCCUGUGCAUAUCUUGCAGGAGCCUCACGUGUCGGCAGAAGACGAGGCAGCUUCUGAUAAUUCCCAGUUUACAGGAAGCACAAUAAACCUGCAGGACCUUGAAUAAGCUGGCGCUGCGCUCAAAGUGUUAUUUAGAGCCAGCCGGCAGGGUGGAGUCGUCUCUUCCGUUCACGCUGGUCUCGUGGUUUUUAGGGGAUGACGCCCUGCACUUCUGUUUCUCUGAUUGUGGAUUAUUCCCCAAUAUGGCAUCUCAUUUUUGCACUAGAUUUUUAUGCUCCUCUACGUGACAUUGCCAUAAGUAUCUCUUCUUGAAAGUGCCCAAAAGCUGCUCUCUACUUUGCCCUCCUACUAAAUCCAUUCAGGAUCUGUCAUCAGUGUAAUAUUUUCUUCUGCCGUGUCCAUCUGGAAGGAAUGGAAAUGGACGGAAGCUUUAUUUGGAAAAUGGUAUUCUGCAAUCAUUUGUGUCUGAAGAAAGGUGGAUGUCUCUCGUUAGCGAUGACUGUCUCCUUAUCUGAAAGGUAUUUGAAUCUCAUCUCCACAAAAUUCCUCUGUCUUGUGAUACAGUGCACCUACCUCUGGAGCAUAACCUGGUCAGUCUGACACCUUCUUCAGCCGCGCACUGUCCUGGAAACUGACUGACUCUUUUUCUAACAAGCUGUGGACAGAACUGACCGAGUGUCAGGUGUGAGAUUUGUAAAUUAUAUAUCAGGUAUUUAUUUGUGUAUACUGCAGGAAAUUGUUUUGCUUAUAUUUUUUUUUUGUACAAAGUUGUACAAAAUAUUUAUAUCCCUUUAAAUCAACCAAUUCCUUUUUUCACCCUCAUGUAACUUUUUUUUUUUUUUUAGGGGUGCAUUUUGGUGAAAUAAGAAAGUAUUAAAAAAAAAGAUUAUAAUUCUGCCCUUAGUAUUAGUCUUCCUACGAUGGGAUGUUGGUUUAAGGGUUCAGAUUCAUAGCGAUCUUGGUCGUGACCAUGGAUUGCAGUGUAGCCGUGCCAGCAUAGAAGUCAGUGGGAUCACAGAAUUGUAAAAACCCAACACUGCUGCAACCUCAUUAAUUUCGAUGCCAGCACCGCUACACCCACGAUCCUGGUCUCCGGGACAGGUUUCUUGCGACCAGGAUCCGCCAUGUAACCAACCCUGAAGUAUG